GCAAGAGUAAACUUGUUUGACUUUAAUGCAAGUUAUUUGGCUUGAGAAAACCUUUGUACAUGUCUCUGUUACUUGCUUUACCUUAUUUAGUCUCCUUUUAGCUUCUUUAAACACGAGAUAGAGUGUGUUUGAUGAGCCUGCAUAGUACUAGGUAGUUGGUCAAUGAAGAUUCUUCCUUUUUUUUUUUUUAAGGUGGCGGACUGACGGGCAGCAAGUGCUGGUUCAUCCACCUUUGUCGAUUUCGGAUAGAAGUGCCACAAGGCCGUCCGAGUAAGUGAUAAGUUCAAACCCUUGUAACAUCCUACUCAUCCUACUCGGAAUCCACCCACGAAAACAAACGAUUCGCUUUCAUCGUUCUGCCUUUCUGAGUAGAGUAGAUGUUCAUGGCAGACGAGCCGUCCAACGACGCCGUUCUUCAACAGCUGAAGGAUGGAAUCGCUCAGUUCGAACUCGUUUCUUCUCCCGUCCCUUCAAUUUGGACUCCGGGUACCCAGAAAUUUCCUGGAAACAACGGCCUUCGGUUCUUCGCCAGAAUCGGACCUUCAUUAGGUGGAGGAUCGGCUGCACUGAAGAAACUGGAGCAUUAUUCAGUUCAGAAAGUCACUGGGGACGGACGAUGUUUGUUUCGGGCAUUGGUCAAAGGAAUGGCUUUCAACAAGGGUAUAUGCCUUAACUCAAGGGAAGAAAGGGACGACGCAGAUGAAAUACGUAUGGCUGUAAAAGAGGUUCUAUGUGAAAAUGAUAAAGAGCGCCGUCAGUAUGAAGAAGCAUUAGUCGCAAUUACGGUUGAGGAGCCUUUGAAACGUUACUGUCAACGGAUUGGGCGACCUGAUUUUUGGGGAGGGGAAUCAGAGCUACUGGUUUUGUCAAAAUUGUGCCACCAGCCAAUCAUUGUGUACAUCCCAGAGCAAGAGCAUAGAAAGGGCGGAUGGGGCUCUGGUUUUAUUCCAAUUGCAGAUUAUGGAAUCAACUUCAGCAAGGGUUCAAGAAAAGGGAAACCCAAGAAAGUUGUUAGGCUGCUAUACAGUGGUAAUAACCACUAUGAUCUACUCGUUUGAACCAUCAUUAUAUUAUACGUGAGGGAGAGCUGUUGCCUCCUUGCAGUUGAUGGAAAAAUCAAGGAUACAGGACUUUUAUCUUUCCUUUGGUGCACAUGUAACAUCAUGAAUCAUCCAAUGGUGAAGUUGAGUUGUUGAUGAUUGUUGUAGUAUAUUUUGUAUAGCAAGUGCUUGGCACAUAUCUGUUCCCAUUAUGGAUCCAUGUGCUACAAUUGAAUUCAUACAAAAGUUUUUGCAGAGAAUCAAAGACGAAAAAAAGAUGAAUGAACUAUGAUGGAAAAUAAUAUGCUGAUCAUUUCUUUUAUCA